AUGGCCAACUCGUUCAAGCGCUUCCUCACCAUCUUCGGCUACAAGCUGGACCGCAAGUGGGGCAACUUCAAGGCGCGCGUCAAGGAGAAGACCGACAAGGGCAGCUCGACGUCAUGGAGCAGCGUUCGAUCGCCCAUCGACAACCUGCGCCGCAAGAAGAAGAACGGCUUCGGCAAGCUGGACGACCGCAACGUGGUGACGCAGGAGUUGCCCGCCUUCGGCGCCUAUUGCCACUACUGA